AUGUGCAUUCCUGCUCUCACCACAACUUUCGAUAUGUACGUGACACCAUCCUCUUCAUGCUCCAGAGCAUACGAAACAGCAAAGAGACCCCAACAAGAAAGUGGAUACACUUCCAGCAUCACCAUGUUGCCUCCUCGCAGCUACAGCCCCAAGAAGCGUGUGGCCUUCACACAGACCUGCAGUGUUCAGUUUGUGGAACCUCAUUCGGCCAUGACAGCCUCAGAACGAGAUGCCUAUUGGUACAAGGCCGCCGAAAUCAACGCCUUUCACAAACAAGCACGAGAAACCUGCCGCAAGCUCCGUACUUCCAGCACUUCUUUGGAUACUCCCGUCGUUUGCCGUGGCUUGGAACUCCGCAAGUCACCUGCCCGCCAAAAGCGCAAGUUGGUCACUCUGCAGUUUGUCGUUUCCGCGCAACGCAAGCUCAGUGAUCCUCGCCGUGUGGCUCUCCUGGCCGCCAAAUGCUCGAACUGGGCUGCUCAAGUGGCUCGAGUCGAAGCCCAACGAGACUUUAUCCGCGCUUAUGCCGGUGACGAGUGCCUGGCUUUUCUGCCUCCUCUUCCUCCCAUGACACCCUUCCCAGUUCCUUUCAAAGGACAACAACCAACUUCCAACAAGCGAGCAAACGCUCCUGAGAGGGCAGAACAACGAUGCGUCCACCGAAGGAUCUCAGUCUGCUAA